AUGGCAGAAAUUGCUAUUGCCAUCGCAAUUGCAGUUCUCAGACAAGCUGUAGGAUUAUUGGGCAAUCUAAUUAUCCAAGAAGGUUCCCACUUGUUCAAAUUGAAAGACGACAUGGAAUGGAUUGAAAAUGAGAUGGGUUACAUCCAAGCAUACCUGGAAGAUGCUGACAAUGACAAUAGCAUGCAAAUUGAAAGCAAAGUGGAAGCUGAAUUGUUGAAAAAUAUAAGAUUACUCGCUUUCGAUGUGGAGGACAUUGUGGAGACAUACUUUCCUCAUAUAGCAUCAUCCCACGAGAGGACCGGGUCCUUAAGAAGUUGGCUUAAGAGUGUCAAUUGCAUCUUAUGCCACGGCUCUGCUUAUCAUAAAUGUGCCACAGAGAUUGAAGGGAUCAAAAGAAGGGUUGAAAAUAUUCCUCGUGUCAAAAAUGCUUACGAAUCUAGAAGUGGUGGCAGUAGCAGUGGAGACAUAUGGGAGAAAAGAAGGCAUAAUCUUCAUCGUGAUGAACCAAUUGUUGUUGGUUUUGAUGAACAUAUCAAAACAUUGGAGGCCAAAUUACUUGAUCCAGAUUUGAAGAAUCGUGUAGUCUCAAUAGUUGGUAUGCCAGGACUGGGCAAGACAACUCUUGCUAAGAAAGUUUUUGAUUCUGUUACAACUCAUGUAAAUGAGGAAGAACAUUGGUUUCAGUGUUCGGCAAAGGUUUAUGUCUCUCAAAGGCCCAAUGUAACACAGCUCUUCCAAGAAAUAGCAAAACAUGUGGGCUUGGAGAGGGAGGAAUGGGAAGAGAAUGUGGAGGCCAACCUGUCCGCAUACCUAAGGGGCAAGAGGUAUGUAAUCUUGAUUGAUGAUAUAUGGGACACCCAAGCUUGGGACGAUAUUCAAAAUGGCAUUCCUACGAAUUGUGAAAAUGGUAGCAGAAUAAUCCUCACUUCUCGAAACAACGAGGUAGGGUUGCUCAUAGGUGGGGUUAGCUCUCUAUAUGAGUUGCAACCCUUAGAACCAGAAGAAAGUUGGAACCUCUUCACUAAGAUGGUCAUGGACCCUCUAGAAAUUACUAAUGACACAGGCAAGUUCCAGGAGCUAGAGCCUUUUGGGAGGAAAAUUGUUGGAAAAUGUGGUUGUGUGCCGCUUGCUAUUGUGGUAGUAGCAGGUUUGUUGCUGGUUAAAGAGAAAACUGAACACGCAUGGAAGGGUAUACUUGACAGCAUGGGUCAGGAUGAUGACAUGUGUUCAAAAAUCUUGGCUUUGAGUUACAAAGAUUUACCCAUUCAUUUAAAACCAUGCUUUCUCUAUUUCGGACUUUUUCCAGAGGAUUAUGAGAUCUUUGCAUUCCAGUUAAUUAACUUAUGGGUAGCGGAGGGGUUUGUACAAGGAAAAGGACAGCGUUUGCCCGAGGACGUGGGAGAAGAUUACCUUGAUCAGUUGAUUAAUAGGAACAUCGUUCAAGUUGCUAGGAGGAAAUAUGAUGGAAGGAUCAGAAGUUGUCGUAUUCAUGAUCUUCUACACAAUGUUUGCAUUAGGGUGGCCACAGAGAGUAACUUUUUUGGCACUUACAACCAUGCAACCCCCAGAAAUUUUGCAAUGAGAGGGGUUCGUAGAGUCACUAUCUACGGUAAUAGUGUUUGGGAAUACAUUUCUUCUAAUUUUCAAACUUCAAGGCUUCGGACCAUUCUAUGUUUCCCUGAAAAAGAAAGGAGAGUACCUAAGUGGAAACAAGUAAACAAAUUUUUUCAAGGCUCUAGAUUUCUUCGAGUGCUUAGCGUAGAUUGCCAUGACCUUCCAUUCCAGCUUCCAAAUCAAAUUGGCAAUUUGAGGCACUUACGUUACUUCAGAUGUGAACAUCGUUCUAUUAAAUUGCCCUUAACCAUGGGCAAAUUAAAAAAUUUAACGACCUUGGAUAUUCAAAUUGGUCAUCGUAUCCAUAUUCCUAAAGCUAUUUGGGAGAUGGAACAACUAAGGCAUAUUGUCGUCGACAAAAGAUCUAUUCAAUGGCCUCCACAAGAUUGUCGUGAUCUGGUCUGCAAAUAUAGUUUCCGUCAAAGUGAAGUUUCUCUACCCAAUCUCCAAACCUUGUAUGUGGUGCCUGGACGACUUUUGGAGGCCGAAUGGCUGCACAAAUGUCCCAAUUUGAGAAAACUAGGAAUCUCUAAUCCGACAAACUCAAUUAUCAGGGUAUUAUCAGAAGAAGCACCUGUGUCAAACAAGCUAGAGAUCCUACGGUUGUCUGUUAAUCACCAGUAUGAAAACGAAGAAGCCACUCUAACAAAACUAGAUCUGUCUCGAUAUGAAAGUCUUCGGAAGUUGCAUCUGCAGAUACCGAUGGGCAAGUUUUCGGAACUUGGUAAACUACCUCUGAACCUUAUCAAGCUUACACUUGUCAAUGCGUAUUUGGUGGAGGAUCCAAUGGUGACACUGAAGGAACUACCUAAAUUGAACAUCCUCAAAUUGGGUUCUUUCUCCUACAUUGGGAAGAAGAUGGUUUGCUCAGGAGGACCAGAUAAGUUUCCUCAACUCGAAGUGUUGGAAAUUGAUUUGCAAAUGUUAAACCAGUUGGUAGUGGAAGAAGAUGGAAUGCCAAGACUCAAGAAGCUAAGUUACAAGCAUUGUAAUGCACAACUAAUGAUUCCUGAGAGGAUCAAAAGCAUUGUGAUUGUCAUAUGA